UUACAUAAUGUGACAUGUUACCUAUGACAAUGUGUCUUGUUUACAAGUUGUCAUUAUAGAAUCGGUGUCGACUUCAAGACGACAUAUUCAAUAUGGAAGCAGUUGUAUUUGAUGGUAGUAACCUCACGCUCAAAUAUGAGAAGAACUAUCCCAUGCCAAAGAUAACAAACGAUGAUGACGUCAUUGUAAAGGUCCAUUAUGCUGGCAUAUGUGGCACAGAUCUGCAUAUUAUUCAGGGAGAAUUCCCAGCUAUCAAGACUCACCCGAUAGCUUUGGGCCACGAGUCUUCUGGAGUAAUUCACGCUAUCGGCAAGAAUUCCAUCUAUAAAGUAGGACAGAAAGUUGCUAUUGACCCCAACAAGUCUUGCAACCUCUGUGACUUUUGCCACAACGGCAACUACCAGUACUGUCUGACAGCUGGUAUCAACAGCACCAUCGGGAUCUGGAAGGACGGAGGCUGGGCGCAGUAUGUUGUCGUGCCACAGCAACAAAUCUUCGUGCUGCCAGAUGAAAUCACUACGGAACAAGCUGGUCUCUGCGAGCCCUACUCCUGCGUCUCGCACGGCUUCAACCGCGCCGCCCCCCUCAAAGUGGGGCAGAAGAUCCUCGUUGUGGGGGCCGGCAUCAUCGGGAACCUCUGGAUCACCACGCUGCACCACCACGGACACAGGGAGGUCACCGUGUCCGAGAUGAACACUGCCAGACUGGAUAUUGUCAAGAGAUUGGAUACUGGUUACAGACUAAUCACACCAGACGUAUUAGCGAAGGAAAAUAACACAUACGAUGUCAUCAUUGAUUGCACAGGGGUCGGCAAAGUCAUGGAGAUUAGUUUCAACUACUUGCGGGAGGGAGGCAAGUACGUUCUGUUCGGAUGCUGCCCCCCUAACCACACCACUACUGUGAACCCUUAUCAGAUUUACAACAAGGAGUUGACUAUCAUUGGUGUUAAAAUCAACCCCUUCAGUUUUCCAAGUGCCAUUGGCUGGCUCAAAGCAAUGGGAAGCAGGUACGUGGAUUAUUAUAAACUUGGAGUGAAGACUUACAGUCUCUCUCAAUAUUCUGAAGCCCUUGAAGACUUGAAGAAGGGAAGCGUCGCCAAAGCUGUCUUCAAGGUCAUUGAUGAAUAAUUUAAAAAGGCCUAUCUUUAAA